AUGUCUCGCAUACAACCUAAUCUGCUUCGAUCACAACCGAUGAUUUCCGCUCCCAAGUUGAAAAGGGGAGGCGUGGUCACCUGCCUCGUCCGACCUGUGGGGGAGACUUGGUGUUUGAUCAGGACUCAAAAGGGAACUUCUAUGUACGAUGCCAGUUCUAUGCCCCUGAUCAAGACCGUGAUCAUUUCGUCGAUCACAGUCCUUCGAACGGACUGGAGUACCCAGAUAAUCCAGAGCCAUCCCAGUGGACUAUGGCUUCGCUGUUCAGACUAUGGAUAG